AUGAUUAUCUAUAUUUAUUUGUUAGUGUGUAUAUUCCAAUAUUUUUACAGUAUAAACUUUGAAAUUGGAAAAAAUAACCUAAAAACAGAAUUAUGUCAUAGAAGUGGAAGAAUUCUAGCGGAACAACAACGAGGAACAAGUAGUAGAAGAGUAAGAUCAACCAGUUCACAUGAAAAUUUUUUGCAAAUUUGGUUAAAGUCUAUUGAAGGAGAUUUUUUUGAUCAACUAGAAAAAUUAACUAAAAAUUUUACAGCUAAUAAUGCUCAGGAUUUUUUAGAUUGGAUGUAUCAAAAAGGUGGAAAUAUUACAAAAGUAUUAAAUUUAUCAUCAGAUCCUGAGGUAAAGAGUUUUUUUAAUAAAACCCUGACUUCAUGGAGAAGGGUUACAGAUGAUGUUCUAUUAGAUUCGGCAUUAGGUUCAUAUGUUGAUAGCUUGUUUAAAACCACAAAUAUAACAACAAAUAAUAAUGGUUCAUCAUCUACUUUACCAUCUACCUCUACUUCAUUAUCCACACCUACUCUGUCAUCUAACUUAACUACGUCGUCCAUAUCUACUUCAUCACCUGAAUUAACCAUAUCUCCAACUGCUAUGCCAUCCGCAUCUGAUUUAUCACCCACGGUUGAUUUAACACCUACAACAUCUGAUUCUCAUAUUCAUACUACUACCUCUUCUACAGAUGAUGCAAGUGAUUUACCUACUGUUUUUUCUACAAAUGGAAUGAAUAGUACUAUUGCUUUAACGAAUAAUUCAACCGUAUUAACCCCUACGCAACAUGGUGGUGGCUUAACUGGUGCAACAUGUACAGGAUUAUUAUGUGCACCAGCUUUUGCUGCUCUUCCUAUUUCUGUUGCUCUUCUCGGGGGAGUUUUUUUUUUUGUUCUUCUUUAUAAGUAUACUCCUAUUGGUAAAUUUCUUGGAAGAGAUAAUCCAAAAAAAAAAAAAGCAAAAAAAAGAUUAAAUGAAAUACCUAUGGAAUGUAUAAAUUCGCCUAAAUUAUUAAAAGUAAAAAAAACAGAAAAUACAAAGAGAAGUAGAUUACAUAGAUUUCUUCGUGCAUUCGGUUACGACAAGAAUUUUCCCUAUAUAGAUGAAGAUAUACCCUCAGAUCAAGUAAUAUAA